GUUAUCUUGCCCUAUCUCAAAAGGGCACGGUUGGAGUCGAUUAGACAUUUUCUAGGCAUAAAAGUCGAUCGCCAACUCAUUACCGCAUUGGUUGAGAGAUGGAGAAAGGAGACACAUUGUUUCAACUUUCGCGAAGGAGAGUGCACCAUCACACUCAAGGACGUCGCCAUCCUAACUCAUAUGCCUAUCGACGGCAAAGCGGUGUGUGUGAGUGAUCCCCCCCCCCCCCCCCCCCCCCGCGAGGAUCGUGACGAUAUGACCGGUUGGCAGUAUUUCAUCCACAGUGUUUUAGGUUUUGGGGGUGAAAGUAUCAACCAAGUGAAGCGUUGA